AUGGAUUCAUGUUUGAAUCUUCGCGCAUACCUAAUCUUGUGUUGCUUCAAUCUUGUCAUAUUAACUUACUCUUCCUCUUCUACGCAGCCAUUAUGCCAUGAAAACGAGAGCAGAGCCUUGCUGCAGUUCAAGCAUAAUUUUGUCAUCAACAAGUUUGCUUCUGUUGGCCCUUCUGCUUAUCCAAAGCUUGAAUCAUGGAAGCUACUUGAUGGAAAGAACAACGGUUGCUGCUCAUGGGACGGCGUCGAGUGUGACCACGACACUGGUCAUGUGAUCGGCCUCGAUCUCAGUAGUAGCUUUCUCCAUGGUUCUAUCAACUCCAACAACAGUCUAUUCACCCUUGUCAACCUUCGUAGCCUAAACCUUGCCGAUAAUGAGUUUAAUUUCUCUGAAAUACCAUCCAGAAUUGGACAUCUUUUCAAGCUGACAAGUCUCAAUCUAUCUAAAUCUGGAUUUUUCGGUCAGAUUCCUUCAGAAAUCUCAUCUCUUUCCAAAUUGGUUAUCCUCGAUCUAAGUUCGGAAAUUGAUUUGUAUUCUGAAAGUCAUUUGAAACUUGGAAAACCCAGUCUAAGAGACCUAGUUCAAAACCUAACCAACCUGAAAGUACUUGACCUUUCUAUGGUGAACAUAUCUUCUUCUAUGCCAAGUGUUUUGUCAAAUAUAUCCUCUCUAACAACUCUUAAUCUUGAAGGAUGUUUGUUGUAUGGUGAAUUUCCAAUGGAAAUUUUUCGUUUACCACAACUACAGAUUCUUAAUGUAGCUGGGAACGAAAAUCUCACUGGCUCUCUACCUGAAUUUCAAAGCAAUAGUCACCUUAAGUCAUUGAUAUUCCAAGGCACAGGCUUCUACGGUAAGCUCCCAGGUUCAAUUGGUAGACUUGAAUCCUUAGUUUAUUUGGAUUUGAGUCAAACUAGUUUAUCUGGGACACUCACUUCUCCACUUGGCAAUCUAACCCGACUCAGUUUCCUCUUCCUUAAUGAUUGCAAGUUUAGUGGCCAAGUUCCUUCGUCGUUGGCAAACCUAUCACAACUAACUGAGUUCGGAAUUGGCAAUAACGACUUUGACGCAGGACCACUUCCUUUACCACCAGGAAAGCUACUCAAACUCACUCGCUUAUCUGCACGCAGAAUGAAUUUACAAGGUGAGAUCCCACUAUCGCUUGCCAACCUGACCCAACUUUCCUAUUUAUCCGUUCGCGUAAACGACUUGGUAGGUAAAAUCCCAUUAUGGUUCAUGAACCUCACCCUAUUAACAGUCGUAGAUCUUUCACAAAAUCACUUCCAUGGCACGAUUCCUAGAUCAAUCACUCAACUCAAGCGUCUUGAUUUUUUGAGCCUUCAUUCUAAUAGCUUCACUGAUAUUGUCGAGCUAGACAUGUUUAUGAAACUCCCAAACUUGGUCUUAUUGCAAUUAGGGAUAAACAAUCUAACAGUGCUCGACAAAAAUAGUACCAAUGGUACUCUUCCGAAGCUUGAUAUUCUAGGAUUGGCGUCAUGCAACUUAGUUGAGUUCCCUAGCAUUCUAAGAUUUCAAGAUGAAUUGCAGGCGUUAACUCUUAACAAUAACAAAAUUCGAGGUGAAAUACCAAUAUGGAUGUGGAACUCGAGUAAAGAAACAAUGGAAUAUGUCGACUUUAGCCAGAACUUUUUGACUGGUUUCGAGCAGCAGCAAGCUGUCAUCCCAUGGCGUUUUCUAAUAGUUUUCAACCUCGACUCUAACAAGCUUCAAGGAUCGCUUCCUGUUCCACCACCAAGCACUGUUAUUUAUAUUGUCCGCGAGAAUGCAUUGACGGGAGUAAUUCCACCGUUAAUGUGCCACAAGAAUUCUCUUCGUAUGGUUGAUUUGUCCGACAACAAUUUAAAUGGCACAAUACCCUCAUGUUUGGCCAGUUCCAGUGAGGACCUUCUCAUGUUGAAUCUGAGUGGCAAUAGUUUCCAAGGAAGUAUUCCUUCAACAUUCACAAUGAAUUGCCAACUGUUGAUGAUAGAUUUAGGUCAAAAUCAACUACAGGGGCCGGUGCCCAAAUCAUUGGCAAAUUGUGCAAUGCUGGAAUGUGUGGGCACGCUACCCGAAAAUUUUGGACGUGAGCAGGUUCUGUGCCAGCAUGCACUGGCCGAACCACUGCAUACUCAUCGACUCUGUGGGGGAAAAGACUGUAAGACGGAUGGACCGUCGUUGAUUUUAGAAACUGGACGGGUGGACCAUCGUUGA